AGUCUAGUGCCAAAAUGACAGACCCUUCGCAGUCGCCUGGGCUGGCUUCACAUCUGGAGCGCAAUGCUGAUAAUGGCUAUAUUCCCGGAGAUGAUACCUGGACACAAUGGCGCAAUAUUUUUUCGGUCUUAACGGGCAAAAUGACGGACGAAGGAAAGGAACAAUUCCGUGUUGCGCGAGAUAUCCGAAAUGAAGCUGCUGAUUGCAAUCGCUGCGAGGAGCAGCGCAAUUUCCUUCUACAAUACAGUCCCGUUAUUCGCUAUUUGAGCGACAAUAUUCGACAGCUCGGAGGAGACCUUCACAAUCACAACAUCUAUUGUCGCCGAUGCACAAACAGGAAGGCCGGUGGUUUCGAUCCUGAAUACGGCAUUCUGAUAUGUGCAAAUGAAAUGAAGGACCAAGGACAUCUGGAGGAUACAAUGGCACAUGAAAUGGUGCAUGCCUAUGAUCACUUAAGAUUCAAAGUCGAAUGGACCAACAACCUGAGGCAUGCAGCUUGCACAGAGAUUCGAGCCAGUUCGCUUAGCGGCGAAUGCAGAUGGGCGCGGGAGUUUUUCCGGCGAGGCCAGUGGAAAUUCACACAACAGCAUCAAGAAUGCGUUCGGAGAAGGGCUGUUCUAUCCGUGAGGGCAAGGCCCGGUUGCAAAGACGAAGCCCAUGCGCAAAAAGUUGUUAAUGAAGUUUGGGAUAGUUGCUUCAGAGAUACACGACCCUUUGAUGAAAUUUAUCGGUGACGUGAAUAUAUGAUCCCCCCUCUCUUUAGCCAUUCCAUUCUACGAUUGUUUUAUUAUAUUUCCUUUGGAAUGUAUUAGAUUUGAUGAUGACAAGUUUGAAAAGAAAAAGAAGAAGAGAAAGAAAAAGAGAAAGAAAAACGAAUAUCAACAUGACACCAUAUCCUAGAGAUUUCCAAACUCCUAAAGAAGAGGGAAAAUAGAGGCAAUAAAAUAUUAAUCGAAACACCAAUAU